GUUUCGAGUAGAGGAUCGGCCGCCUCCUCCUCCACCUUCUGCAGCAAGCUCCUUCUUCACCUUCUCCCCUCGCGUAGAGUCCUACCGCAACGGCGACGACGGCCACCCAGUAAAAACGGGGGUUGCAACGAGGUGCGCUGGCCCGUCUCUCCCACUCGAUCAUCCCCUCCGUGCAUUCUCGCGGGGGUACACACAACAAUCCUUACGACGAGGACACGCACACCAGGGUGGCACGAUAGUAUGACGGUGAUGCUGCUGCAACGUUCAGUCACCCCGCAGUCGACGCACAGCCAAAAGACAGCGACGAAGGACUGCAGCGCGAAGCCGCCCUUUCUCUUUCUACUAGACGACCGCGAGGAGCAUCGCCACUCGACGGACACCAACACCACGACCACUACAAACAACAAUAACAAUAAUAAUAAUAACAAUAACAAUAACAACAAUAACAAUAACAAUAUCAACAAUAAUAACGUCUUCAAGAGGGGCGGCACCCGGAGGAGCAGCAGCGGCCGCGAUUACGUCGCCGACGAGGCGCCGUCGUCGGUGACGUCUCCACGACUCGCCGGCGGUGGUCAGGACGUCGCGAUGCGAUAUUACCGUCUCUGGAUCUACGCCUGUAACCUGGUGUUGCUCGGUAGCGCGGUCGGCUUCGCCGCCGCGGUGUCGCAGACCCUCCUCUUCACCGGCGACCCGCGUCGCUACUUGGUCCCGGGCGUACCUCGCGUCUACGACCCUACCGCGCUCUACGGCUAUCUGGCACUGGCCGCCCAGUUGGGCCUGGUUCAAUUGCUCGGCUGCAUCGCCGCCAGACGACUCAGCGCGCGAUUACUGCACUUCUACUGGAUAUUACUCCUGGUGCUGCUGUUCGGCGACGCCGUCGUCGGCGUCGCCUGGAUCUUCCGGUUCGAGAAGAUGCGCAGCGAUCUCAGGCCCACCCUCAGGCUGCGUUUGCAGGUAGACUACGGUAAGGAGCCACGAUUCAGCGAACAGUGGGACCGACUUCAGCGUGAGUUCAUGUGCUGCGGGGUGACCGGGCCCAAGGACUUUUCGAAUCGCUGGCCGCAGACCUGUUGCGGACCGAGCGUGAACGCGAGCGAGUCCUGCCAGACUCCGUACGGGCGCGGCUGCGAGGAGACCCUCGUACGCUGGCUGAGAAAGACGGCGGAUCUGUUGUUCGUUCUGGGUUUCUGCGUAAUCGCCUUCGCCAAGCUCUGUUUCCUCGGGAUCCUGCGCUACGAGAUACGGGAGAUGAUACAGAAGAUACGCCUGCUGAGGGAACCGCCGCCGCCAGCCACGCCGUUCGCGCAACCGCCCUUCUCCCAGGUGCUGCCGGAAACCGCCAAUAACGGCAGCAUCGUCAGACGCACAACAUUACCAAAUGCAGUCCCGCCUUCCGGCAACGCGUCGCUGCUGCUGCAGUCGGCUGACGAGUGCAACGCGGGUCGGCACCCGUUGCUGGCGAACAAUCUGCAGGACGGCGGGGCCGACAGCGACACCAACAGCCAUUGCGCGCUGAUACUCGAAGAGUCGACGCCCACCUCGGCCAACAACCACAACAACAGUUGCGCGACCGGGACAGGCGGCGGCGGAGGCGGCCGCGAGAAGAGCAACGGCAACAACAACUACGAGAUGCGCGAGUUCAAUCGCAGAUUGCUGCUGUCGAACGGCGCCAGCCCGGGCACGGGCGUCACGGUGACCAGCAGUCAGAGCAGGCGUACCUGACUAUGGAGAUGGUGGCGAAACACCUCGAAUCGGUUUUUGUACAGGAGCAGCAAUCGGCGACACGCCGAGAUACCGCUGUACAAAUAAAAAACAAACAAACAAACAAACCAACGCAACGUAUUCUCCCUCGGGCGUUUUAGUUUCUUUCUUCAAGAGAAAGUAAAACAUAUUCUCACAAACACAUAUGGAGAGCUACUGGCUGGCGCGAGUCCAACAGAUGGAGGUAGAUAGAGGAAACGCUAUCGUCGUCGUCGUCGUCGUCGUUUGGAUCGGCCGGGAGUGAAUGGGUUGGCAACCACUGCAAAACUUAUCUCCUAUUAUAGCUUGUCCCCUUUUACCUUCAAGUGUGCGCUUAACACAGUGUGACACUAGGAAAGAGACCAUGAUGACGACGUUGGCGUUGAACGCUGAGAACACACGAGAGACCAAGGAGAGCAUUCACGAAUAUCGAUAUCACGGUGGCGAAUUAUUAUAUACAUUAACGAAAGACCAAAUCAAAACACAAGUGUAUACACGUACAACAGUAGCGAGAGUAUUAUUGUAAUCUCCGGUUUUUUGUAAGGCGAAACUCGCGAAGGGAAGUUUGUUCGUUUUAACCAAGAUUGCCUCGAAAAAUGAGAUUCGGAAAACGUCAUUGCCCUACGAUUCCUUAAACGAGCGACUCACGAGAGCAAACCUCUUACACACCUAUAGUUCCAUUAGUGAAGGAACCGGUCGAAGAACAGUUCUAUUUACGGUAUUCUCUCUCUAGCAGUCGUAUGCUAAUUUUAUUCAUCGUCGACGUCGAGAGUUAUAAAGGGUAGGUACGUAUACUAAUUUUAAAUGACCGAUGUUAGAGAGCUACUUUUCUUUUUCUUUACUCUCUCUCCUAACUUUUUAUACACCCAUUUUUUCCCCCACUAAUCGUGAGCUUUAGCUUCGUGUAGUUUGUGUGCGUUCGGAAUUAUAUUAUUAUAUAUAUAUAUAUAUUUAUAUACAUUCGCGGGUUUGCGCUCAUCAACUGCUCUGAACUCUCUUCGCAAGUGUACACCUUAUAAUAUGUAUAUGCAUGUCCUUCCGUCCUCGCGGUCGGUGUGACUAUACCACUUUUGUAGAUUUAUUUUUAGCCUCGUAAGACCCUUCUUAAUACGCUUCCCAUCCGAGUAAAGCGUCAUCGAUCGUGUAUCGUCAUCAAUGUAUACCGAAUAUCGUUCAUCGUGUGUCGUUUCUCAUGCGAAAAGUUUAAGGCUGCUGGAGGCCUUGUCGCGGCCAUGUUAGAUUGUGACGUCAGAGGCGAAAAAGUACACGCUAAAAAUUCUUAGUGUCAUUUUUAAAUGAAACACUACUUCAGAUGACUUUUAAAAUAUCUGGAAAACUAUUUUUUUUCCCUUGAUAGUCGAUCAAUAAAAUGACCCAAGUAGCAAAUGACGUCAUUUUGAUGUUUAAUAACGUCAUUUUGACGUAUAAUGACUAUUGAUUGAUUAUAAAGGGAAAAGAAUUUUCAAGGUAUUUUAGCGUGGUAUUAUAAGAGCAUGCUAGAGCCAUCUGAAGUACUGUUUCAUCGAAAUAUCUUUUUAUUUGUGUCUUCUCACCUCUGACGUCACAAUUCCAACAUGGUCGAUGAGGAGCCAGGAAUCUUAAGUCACACGAAUCAUGCUGGUGGUAUAUCACAUAGUAACUAUCGUCAUUUAACAAAUGGCACAUCAAGAUCACUCGUUGCCGCUUGGAUUUCCAUUUCGGGUCGACAUUUCUGUGAAUUAAUUAAAUUCCAAGUUAGUAAUCGGAUAUCUUCUAAAUUUCGAUCCUAUCUAUAGGACAUAUAAACGCGUUAUCUUAACAGUCUAACCAGAUACAGUUCCAUUCCCCUUUUCUCUAUUUUAUACACACAAAGUGAAAGAUCUUUCAGAUAUUCUUGAGAAAAAUACCCCACGUAGCAAGUGUAUAUGUUAUUUGGAUGUUGAAUGACGUCAUUAGAUGUUAAUUUGCUAUACUUGAGAUCUUUCGAAUUCGCGAUUGUUUUGCUGGGGCUAAAUAAUAUAUAAAAGAAAAUAACACAUGGAAGAAGAAAAAAACAUUUGUAGAAAAAAAUUCAGUUAAUCGACGUCAAUCGUCAUCGUGGGAACUGCAAGAGAAAAACUUUCAAUCCGAGAACUCCUCGGCAACUUUCGUUGCUCGAGAAGAAACUAGGGGCUGUACAUUUUUUUCCCCACGCAUUCGUUUCUCUUUAAUAAUGCAGACAACCUGUGUGUAUGUCUGCUCAGACAAGGUAACUGCGCUCUUCCCGGGAACGUUGCCCACCACUGAUGAAUUAUUGAAUCACGUUGCUAGAUACGUGUAUUUAUAUAUAUAUAUAUAUAUAUAAAAUAUCUCCUCGUGAAGCUUCACGAUUCUCAACAAACUUCUGGGGAUAAUUACGAUAGUUACGAGAGAAUAUAUUGUGAGAUAUACUGCCAAAUUGAUUCCCUCCUCCCCUAUUCUCCGAUGUAAAGUGGCUGUUCUUUAUUCUACUUGAGUGAACCUUGAACAAGGAGAAUUCGUUUCUUCGUUAAUAAAUAUAAAACAGAGAAAUAUUUCCAAUAUAUGUGACGAUUAAACGAUUUCUAAUUGCUUUUACAUACAUAUAUAUGUAUAUAUAGGGUAUCUGAAAAUAAAAUGUCA